UCUCUCUCUCUCUCUCUGUCUGUCUGUCUGUCUGAGUGAGUGCGUGCGUGUGUCUGCGUGUGUGACACAGGAGGGAGUUGCCCCGCGCGCCGUGUAUAAAUCUGCGGGCGCGAGACAAAGUGCCCCUUGUGGGAGCGAUCAGACCUCCUUCUCCGCAAGACCACGAACCGCCCGAAAGUCCAGCACCAGGCAGGCAGGCACCAUGGUGUACCACCCUGAGUUCGAGAGAGCCGGCAAGCAGCCAGGGCUCCAGGUGUGGAGGAUUGAGAAGAUGGACCUCGUGCCGGUUCCCCAGAACUUGUACGGGGGUUUCUACACGGGAGACGCCUACGUCGUCCUCAACACCAUCAAACAGCGCUCUGGAAACCUGCAGUACGACUUGCACUUCUGGCUGGGUGACUUCUGCACGCAGGAUGAGAGCGGGGCGGCGGCUAUUUUCACGGUGCAGAUGGACGACUACCUGGGCGGCAAACCCAUACAGUACCGUGAAGUCCAGGGCCAUGAGUCCAAAGCCUUCACGGGCUACUUUAAGUCCGGACUGAAGUACAUGGAAGGGGGCGUGGCCUCAGGAUUCAAGCACGUCGUCACCAACGAGGUUACCGUACAGCGCCUGCUGCAGGUGAAAGGUCGUCGCGUUGUCCGGGCGACGGAGGUACCCGUCAGCUGGGACAGCUUCAACCGGGGAGACUGCUUCAUCCUGGACCUGGGCAGUGAGAUCUACCAGUGGUGUGGAUCCCAGAGCAACCGCUUUGAGAAGCUGAAGGCCACGCAGGUCGCCAAAGGUGUCCGUGACAACGAACGCAGCGGGAGGGCCCGGGUGUACGUGUGCGAUGAGGGCGUGGAGAGGGACAAGAUCCUGGAGGUUCUAGGACCGAAACCAGAUCUUCCCCAAGGAUCCGACGACGACGUCAAGGCAGACGCGUCUAACAGGAAGCUGGCGAAACUGUAUAAGGUGUCCAAUGCCAGCGGGGACAUGGCCAUCGCCAUGGUGGCGUCAGAGAACCCCUUCUCCCAGAGCGUCCUGGAGUCCAGCGACUGCUUCAUCCUCGACCAUGGCUCCGAUGGCAAGAUCUUUGUUUGGAAAGGCAAGGAUGCCAACAUGGAGGAGCGGAAGGCGGCGAUGAAAGCUGCCGACGAGUUCAUCAAGAAGAUGGGCUACCCCAAGCACACGCAGAUCCAGAUCCUUCCCGAGAUGGGCGAGACGCCCCUGUUCAAGCAGUUCUUCAAGAACUGGCGCGACGUGGACCAGACGGUGGGGAUGGGCGUGGCCUACGUGCCGAACAGCAUCGCCAAGAUCGAGAAGGUGCCGUUCGAUGCCUCCACCCUGCACGAGUCCCCCGCCAUGGCGGCGCAACACGGCAUGGUGGACGAUGGCAGCGGCAAGAAGCAGAUCUGGCGUAUCGAGGGGUCGGACAAGGUGCCCGUGGAUCCCUCCACCUACGGACAGUUCUAUGGAGGAGACAGCUACAUCAUCCUCUACGACUACCGACACGGAGGCCGCCAGGGGCAAAUCAUCUACAUAUGGCAGGGAACGGACUCUUCGCAGGACGAAAUCGGAGCCUCCGCCAUCUUGGCCUCCCAGCUGGACGAUGAGCUCGGCGGGGGGCCGGUCCAGGUGCGGGUGGUCCAAGGCAAGGAGCCCGCGCACCUCAUGAGCCUGUUCGGGGGGAAGCCCAUGGUGGUGUACAAAGGGGGCACGUCCAGAGAGGGCGGCCAGACGGCCCCCGCGGGCACCCGCCUGUUCCAGGUGCGCUCCAACUCGGCGGGCUGCACGCGUGCGGUGGAGGUUGACGCAGCGGCCUCCAACCUCAACUCGAAUGACGCCUUUGUCCUGGUCACGCCCUCCUCCUCCUUCCUGUGGAUGGGCCAAGGCGCCAGUGACACCGAGAAGACGGGGGCCCUGCAGCUGUGCGGCAUCCUGGGCGUCUCACCGUCCAAGCUGGCCGAGGGCAGAGAGGCAGAUGACUUCUGGGGGGCCCUCGGAGGGAAGGCCGAGUACCGCACGUCCACCAGGCUGAAGGACAAGAUGGACACCCACCCGCCCAGGCUGUUUGCGUGCUCCAACAAGACGGGCCGCUUCAUCAUCGAAGAGGUUCCAGGGGAGAUGACCCAGGAAGACCUGGCCACUGAUGAUGUCAUGAUUCUGGACACCUGGGACCAGGUCUUCGUCUGGAUCGGUAACGAAGCCCAGCAAGAAGAAAAAACGGAGGCCUUGACGUCAGCUGCCCGUUACAUCGAGACGGACCCCGCUAAGAGAGAUCCCAGGACGCCUGUGGUGCAGAUUAAGCAAGGGUUCGAGCCGCCCACUUUCACCGGCUGGUUCCUGGGCUGGGACCACGACUACUGGACCACCGACCCGCUGGACCGCGCCAUGGCUGAGCUGGAGAUAUGAACUCUGACCCCUCGUGCUGCCCGCCAACCUUUCCCACCCUCUGCCUUAACUACCCCGAGCUGCUGUGAGAAACCCGUCGAGCAGGAGUGCACAACACAGGGCGGAACCUUCAGCCGAGACGCUUAAACCGACCUUUAGAUCCCAGUCGCAGCGAAACGUAACCGCAAACGCCGCAGACCUUGGUUGUGAGAUUCCCCGAGCUCCGCCUCCCCGCCUUGGCCACGCCCCCUUUCGCCAGCCUCCUCUCCAGGUCCCUCCCUCCCUCUAAUGCAAUAAGUCAGGUGUUUGAGUUGCGAGCCAGUGUGCGUGUAAAAGGAGUUGUGCUGCGCACCCCUGCUUUACGACCUAGAAGGGCUCCUCCCUCCCACAUGUGCUUCCAACACUCAGCUCUUCCCCCUCCCCCUUCCGAAAGCGAAGCCAGUUUCAUCUCCAUUGCAUGAUUCUAUCAAAUAUUUUUUUUUCUUUUUGCAAAUAAUAACCAGAGUGUCACAUAAAAUGUAAUACCGCUCAACUUUUCCAUACUAGGGCCUGCUUCACAUCCAUACACGAAGAGGAUGUUCCCAAUUAUGUCCCAUUUUACUGAUAUAACAGCUAAACCUGUUGUCCAUCGCAUCAUAGUGCCAUGCAUCAAUAUUUACUGUAUUUUUUACCGUAAAGAUAGGAAAAAAAUAAAACAGCGCUUGGUCCGUGUACCUUUCGUACUUAGGCUGUCCGCGGGCCACUGACACGAGGGGCCAUGUUUCGGGGCGUCAGUUAACAGGAAACGAUGCCAUGGACGAGCUGAAUGGAUUUACCCUGGUGUUCCGGGUUAAAAUGUAUCCGCCGACCAUCGCGGCGUCGCUCGGCUCAGAUCCGUGGUGCGGAUGAGGAGAGGCUGACCCGUGUUGACCCUUGCUGCAGUACAGGGGCUCGUGAAACAGAGCGUGAAGGUGUCUGCCUACCCACCUUCCCUCGUCGUCUUCCUCUGCCCUUCAUGAGAGCCGGUCGCUCUACUGCCCUUGUUUCACCAUGCAGUCAGGUACGAUGGCACGCCCGGCGCUUACUUGCAUAGUUGCCUUUGUCUCUUUCUUGGGGAAAUCAUUUGAAUAAAACUGCCAAGCGUCACAAA